AUGCUCUAUCCCGUUUUCGUCGCGUGGUCUACAGACUUGGAAACUAGUGCCAACAAUAGCGAGAGGAUAGCAUCUUAUUCUUUGAUUUCGUCCGAUCAGACGCAGACGAACGACGCGAGCAGAGCCAAGCGUCUGCAGAAGCUCGCGAUGCAGCGUCCCGUUUACCACCGACUCGUCUCGACCCUCUCGUCCGUAGCAGUACGGAGUCUUGCAGCAGAAAGGCGCGUCGCUCUUACAUAG